UAAAAGACAGAGCAAAACGCUUGUAUCACCGAUUUCUACGAUUCGUACAAAUCGCAGCUUUCUGAUACAUCGAAUGAGAGGAAAGCAGCUCGAAGAUAAAAUGGCGGAAGAGCAAUUUUUGACGCGAGUGACUACGUACCCAUUUGUAAACUCAGCUUUGGGUCAGCUAACCAAUGCCUAUGAGGCAACCAAAAACAUCAAUAGUCUGGUGAAGUCCACUCUAGAGAUGGCAGAGACUGGAGUGAAAGGAGUAGCCCAACAUACUCUACCCAUUGUCAGCAAGUUUGAACCCCAAGUGAGUAAACUGAAUUCUCUUGGAAUGACAUCCUUGAACAAGCUAGAAGAAAGCUUCCCUGUUGUCAAGUCACCCACUGAGGAGGU